AAGCCGGGCGACGGACGGCCCCUUUUCCGCAGAACGAGCUUUCGAGAUGAAGUCGGUGAAGCUUCUUCUGUGAGGAGCCGAAGCGGGGUGUUUUUUUGGGGGGGCCCGGGCGAAAUGAAAGGACGGAGAAAUGCUCACGUUUACGUCGGGACCCGAUGCCGCCGCGCGCAACUUUACCGUUCUGUGGACCCGCUGUCGGCUCUGACCUGUGACGGGGCCCAGCGAUGUGGCUCUGCGCCGCGUACAAUGAGACCGACUCCAGCGUGGACUUCCGCCUCUGCCAGGACUUCGGCCUCAUCCUGUCCGUCUUCUCCCUCGUCUACCUCCUGGUGUGCUUCCCGUUGGGGCUCUGCUACAACGUGCUGCUGGUCGUGGUCAACCUCUCCAACAAGGUGUCCAUGACCAUGCCGGAUGUUUAUUUCGUCAACAUGGCCAUCGCGGGCCUGGUGCUCAACCUGGUGGCGCCCGCCGAGCUGCUGAGCUCCACCUUCACCCGCUGGCACGCGUGGGAGUACAACAACGAGGUGUACAUCACCAUGCUCAUCCUCUUCAACAUCUCCUCCCUGGUCAUCAUGUACUCCACCACGCUGCUCAGUCUGGACUACUACAUCGAGCGGGCGCUGCCGCGCACCUACAUGUCCAGCGUGUACAACACCAAACACGUCUGCGGCUUCAUCUGGGGCGGCGCGGUGCUCACCAGCUUCUCCUCGCUGCUCUUCUACGUGUGCAACCACAUCUCCACCAAGAUGGUGGAGUGCUCCAAGAUGCAGAACAAGGAGGCGGCGGACGCCAUCAUGAUGUUCAUCGGCUACGUGGUUCCGGCCGCGGCCGUCCUCUACGCCUUUGUGCUCAUCCUGCGCAUCCGGAAGGAGUCCACGCCUCUGGACCAGGACUCUGCUCGCCUGGACCCCUCCAUCCACCGGCUGCUGCUGGCCUCGGUCUGCGUGCAGUUUGUGCUGUGGACCCCGUACUACGUGACCCUGCUGGUGCACACCGCGGCCGGCGUGCCGGGCUACAUCGGCGGCGCGCAUUACCUGCCCACGUAUUACUUCUUGCGGUGUUUGUCCAAGCUGCUGGCCUUCUCCAGCAGCUUCGCGAUGCCUCUCAUGUACAGGCAGAUGAACAAGAACUUCUCGAGCAAGCUCCAGCGGCUGCUGCGGAGGCUGCACUGCAGGGACCGGUCCUGCCCCCACGAACGCUCGACAGUGCAGCAAGUGGUGACGUGAGACCCCCCCCGCACCGCCUCUAUGAAUUGACAGAUGCACCUCCCACUCCCCCUCCCCACCACCCUCCCCCGGCCAUUAUCAACCUCUUUGGCGUAGCCGGCACUUAUCUGCGGAGCCAGGCCCCCCCGGCUGGGCUCCCUCGCUGCUCUGGACUGUGUCCGGAGCGACGGCGCUGACUGUGGAAUUUCCUGUCACCUUCCGUGACUCUUUGUUUUCGGAUCCAGCCAGAGUUCCGCCAGGGAAAACCACCACAAGUGCCGUUACGCUACAAGACACGUAAACAAGAGGAAAAAGCCGCCUUAGUAAGCGAGCUCGCAUCGCGUGCGUCAACAUUAGAUUUUGAGCUACCAGCGGUGUUCGCUGCCCUCAUGCCAGAGGCCUUGAAACAAACCCGGGUACUGGUAGCAAGAGGUGCCCUCACCUCACUUUUAUGAAUUGAAUGACUAUUAAGCUCCUCUACAAAUGUCCUAGAAUAAAUAAGUAUAUUAAGUACUACAGGAAAUGGACGCACGCAGCUGGUGUUCAGAGGUGAGACGUAACCGGUGUACCUCCUGUGGUCACAUCACCAGCCACCGUUAUGAUGUGUUGAAGAGGCUGACGCGGGGUCAGUGGAGUCCCUCGGUGUCCCGAGAGAGGAGGCGGCAUGUGCAUUCCCCACAUUUUUUGAGCGGUUGGAAGGUUUCAUGCAGUAGAAACAUGAAGCCUCACUGGGCGACCAUCCGAACCUCGCCGGUCAGCAGCACGCUGGAUGCAGAAGUGUAAUUCCGCCCCGACCCAGUGAGCUAAUCCGCACAUUCAACGGGGAGGCGGCUUUGCUUUUUUGCAUGAACCGACUAGUAGCGGUGGACCCCAUAUAUGAAAUGAGAAAUGUAAAGAAAAUGUACUUUUGCAUGAGUGCCGUUGCAUCUCUGCUUUUCUUUUCUUUUUUUCAUAUUUACUUUGUGAAUCUGAGGGCCAGUUAUUUGAUCAUCCUGUGAAUAGAACAUUGUAGUUUUUAAUUCACCCCUUUAGAUCAAUGCUAGCAAAGCUAGAAGUCUUGUGCUUUAAAAUGUGCUUGUGACAUCUUGCCAGAUGUAAUAAUACAGAUGUUAUGCUUUUCAUGCGGAUUUUAAAUUAAGAUUUUAACAAUAAAUCACUUCUACUGUUA